UCACCUCAGCAAGGUUCGGGCUUCCUUUCCCACGGAGCCUGGUGCCGAGCUCGAAGCGACGGAAGAUUCUUCCUCCUUGACUGACGGGACCUUUACAUCGGAAGUAGCAGAUUCGUCACGGGCCCUGUUUCCGUUUUUGCUUUUAUUUUAAGAAAUUUAAUCACAUGCCUUGAGUGUCGACUGCAUAUCGUCUCCGAAGAGAAUGAGCUUUCCGUUUCUCUAAAAUUUUUCACGAAGACAGAAACUGCUAAAUUGAACAAAAGUUGAAAGACGAUCGAAUGUGCAGCUAGUUGUCUGGGAGACGCUGAAUUUCUCUCCGUAGCGAAGAGGUCAAAAUAUUCGGGUAGAUUACGACUUGUGGUACGACUUGAAAUGUCUUGAUACAGUUGUGCUUUUCUUGAUGAGAGUCUCGCGAUUUCUUCAGCCACUCAUUUUCUGAUUAAUUCUUACAAGUGGGUCAUUUCUGCGAACAGCUGAUCUCAUUUUGAUUCCAGUCCUAUUAUUAGAAGGCUUCAGAAAAUAUUCUCAGAGACCGGAUCUGCCUCCCCGUACCAUGCAAAUUCUAUGGCUGGAAGACCUGAAUGCAGAAAGGGAAGAGUUGUGUGCUUUUUAGCCUCCUUCUCAGAAUGCGGUGGAAACUCCGCCCCUGUCUCCGUGGAAACCCGGCUUCUGCGGUGGCUGUCACCAAGGGCGGAGCUGGGGUCGCUGCCCCUGCCCCUGUCUGCAACAGCUCUCGGGCUGGGAGCGAUCACUGUCACCCCUUAACCUCUCUGUUCCUCUUCUCGGCGGCCCUCCCUUUCCCUUGUCCUUUCGUGCCUCAAAUCACAUCCUGGAGCCCGCACUCCCGCACGGGCCUCCGCUGGGACGGUGCACCCGGAGUCCUGGCCUGCGAGCUGCCCUGCGUGGCCUCCUCCUACAGCCCCUCUCCGGGCCCACCCCUCGGCUGCGCUGAUUGGCUGCUCCUGCCCCGCCCUGAACAGGCUGGGUCCUUUACCCCGCGGAAAGUUUUCUGUGCCGCGAGGAAGCUGGACGUUCGGAGACUCCGAGAAAGCAGCUCCGGAGGCUGCAGAGGUCUGGGUGGCCAUGGAGGAGCCCCCUUUGCGAGAGGAGGAAGAGGAGGAGGGGGACGAGGCUGGGCCCGAGGGGGCCCUGGGCAAGAGCCCCUUCCAGCUGACCGCCGAGGACGUAUAUGACAUCUCCUACGUGAUGGGCCGCGAGCUGAUGGCCCUGGGCAGCGACCCCCGGGUGACACAGCUGCAGUUCAAGAUCGUCCGCGUCCUGGAGAUGCUGGAGACGCUGGUGAAUGAGGGCAGCCUGACGGUGGAGGAGCUAAGAAUGGAGCGGGACAACCUCCGGAAGGAGGUGGAGGGGCUGCGGAGAGAGGGCUCGGCGGCCGGCAGGGAGGUGAACCUGGGACCAGACAAAAUGGUGGUUGACCUGACAGAUCCCAACCGACCACGCUUUACGCUACAGGAGCUGAGAGACGUGCUGCAGGAGCGCAACAAACUCAAGUCGCAGCUGCUGGUGGUGCAGGAAGAGCUGCAGUGCUAUAAGAGCGGCCUGAUCCCAGCAAGAGAAGGCCCAGGAGGAAGAAGAGAAAAAGAUGCUCUGGUUACCAGGGCCAGCAAUGCCAGCAGUAACAAGGAGGAGAAGACAAUCAUAAGGAAGCUGGGGCACGGGUUCGAGCCCUGGUCUGGGAAGAUUCCACAUGCCGCAGAGCAACUAAGCCCAUGCGCCACAACUACUGAAGCCCGCACGCCCUAGAGCCCGUGCUCUGCAACAAGAGAAGCCACUGCAAUGAGAAGCCUGUGCACCGCAACGAAGAGUAGGCCCCGCUCACCGCAACUAGAGGAAGCCCGUGGGCAGCAAUGAAGACCCAACGCAGCCAAAAAUAAAUAUAAUUAAUUAAUUAAUUUUUUUAAAAAAAGACUCGGGGCUUCCCUGGUGGCGCAGUGGUUGAGAAUCUGCCUGCCAGUGCAGGGGACACGGGUUCGAGCCCUGGUCUGGGAAGAUCCCACAUGCCGCAGAGUGACUAGGCCCGUGAGCCACAAUUACUGAGCCUGCGCGUCUUGAGCCUGUGCUCCGCAACAAGAGAGGCCACGAUAGUGAGAGGCCCGCGCACCGCGAUGAAGAGUGGCCCCCGCUUGCCACAACUGGAGAAAGCCCUCGCACUGAAACGAAGACCCAACACAGCCAAAAAUAAAUAAAUAAACAAAUACUUUAAAAA